UGGAAGAGCUUGUGCCUUCCUUGUUCCAGAACAAGGUGAGCAUCUGCUCUGCAGUCUGUGUCGAAGUGCCAUCGAAGACGGAGGCAGUCCAAGGAUCUCAGAUGAAGCUGCAGUGCAUCUCCUGCAUGAAGCGAGAAGAAGUCAGCGCCAAUACUGUGGUGGAGUGGUUCUAUAGGGCCGAAGGGGGCAUAGAUGUACCCAUUUAUGAGCAUCGGAGCAAGAACGAGAAAGGGCCGCUGGAAAGCCGCUUCAGCGGGCGGCUGCACUGGAAUGGGAGCGAAGACAUGCAGGACGUGUCCAUCUCGGUGCACAACAUCUCCCUGAAUGAUUCAGGGAUCUAUACCUGCAACAUCACCCGGACGUUCAACUUCGAACUCCAUCGUCCGGUCGUCACCUCCUCCACGCCGAUCCAUCUCACAGUCGUGAAGGAGGCUGGAGAAGACUUCACAUCUGUCAUCUCGGAAAUAAUGAUGUAUAUUCUCUUGGUCUUCCUCACCUUGUGGCUUCUGAUAGAAAUGAUUUACUGCUACAGAAAGGUCUCCAAAGCUGAGGAGACUGCCCAGGAAAAUGCGACUGACUACCUCGCCAUCCCAUCAGAAAACAAGGAGAACUGUGCUGUACCUGUGGAGGAGUAGAAGAUGAAACCCUAGGGUAUGGUUUGCUACCAAAGGAGUCUCCAGCCACAAGGAUCCAGUUGCUGCAGCCAGGUUUGUGGGAGCCCAAU